AUGGAGGCGGCCGCGGGGCCCGGGCGCUGGCCCGCCACCGUGUGCGUGGUGAGCGGCGCGUCGCGGGGCUUCGGCCGCGGCCUGGCGCGCCUGCUGGCCCCGCGGCUCGGCCACGGCUCGCUGCUGCUGCUGCUGGCUCGUUCCGCCGCGCCGCUGGCCGAGCUGGCGGCAGAGCUGCGGGGACGCGGCUCCGGGCUGCGUGUGGAGUGCGUGACCGCAGACCUGGGCUGCGAGGAUGGGCUGCAGCGGGCCACCGCCGCGCUGCGGGAGCUGCUGCCCGCCGCCCCGCACGGCCGCCUGCUUCUCGUCAACAACGCCGGCUCCCUGGGGGACAUCUCCAAAUCCUUCCUGGAUCUCACCGACCCUCAUGAAAUCAACAGCUACUUUGCCUUCAACAUCACCUCCACGCUUUGCCUCACCACCACAGCCCUCAGAGCCUUUGGGGAGCGGCCUGGCUUGAGCAGGACAGUGGUGAACGUCUCCUCCCUCUGUGCCCUGAAGCCCUUCAAGAACUGGGCUCUGUACUGCAGUGGGAAGGCUGCCCGGGACAUGAUGUUCCAGGUCCUGGCACUCGAGGAGCCCGAUAUCCGUGUGCUCAGCUAUGCCCCAGGCCCUCUGGACACAGACAUGCAGCUCUUGGCCCGGACUAAGACUGGAGACCCUGAGCUGCGUCAGUCUUUACAGAGCCUGCAGGAGAGUGGGAAGCUGAUAGACUGCACUGUGUCAGCUCAGAAGCUGCUGCAUCUCCUGGAGGAAAACACCUUCCAGUCUGGUGCUCACGUGGAUUUCUAUGACAUCUGAGUUCCUCUCACCUCCACGCUUCACUUUCUUCUUCUAUCUGCUGAGCUGCAUCUUGGGGGCCUCCAGGGUGUUUGGGGACCUUGUUUGGGUCCUGGGUGCUUUGCAGCUUUCAGGAGAAGACCUCUAGGUAGCUUGUAGAUAAUCCUUGUGCCCUGAUGGGCAUAGAGGGAAGUUAUUGCUUCACUGAGCCCUCCUGGGCACACACAGGCAGGAGUGGGGAUUGCUUAGCUGCUGGGGAUGGGGGAGCACAGGUGGCUUUUCCAAGGGAAGAAGUUUCCUGUGCAGGAGAGAGUGUGAGCCAAGGAGGUACCAAGGCACAUGAGGCCAGGUCAGAAGCCACCCCAGAAGGUCCCAAAGAAGCCAAGAGUAGGGUUGGAGCUGAGUGUCCCCAUGUCUUUCCCCUGAAGGAUCUGUGUGCUCAGCACCUGAGCAAGUCACCAAAGGGCAAAAGAGCUGGGGACAGAGGAGUGGCUGUCACCCCAGAGCCCUGACUUUCUGUCCCCUCUCUCACCAGUGGCUUGUCCACACUCUCCUGCAGUUCUGGGACCAUGUCUGUGCAAGUUUGAUGCAUUAAAUCACAGAGCAAAGCCUGUUCCUGUGGGCUUUUGCACCAGGAGAGGGAGCUGGCCAUGGAGAUGUCAUUUUUGACAGGCUGGCUGGGGUCACCAGCUUACCUAAACCUGUGCCCAAGCACAGCCAGGGUUAGAGCACCUCUGAGACACAGCCCUGAGUACAUGCCGUGCUCCUGUUUGCAGGUUUUGGGUCCAAGCCUGGACUGGAGGCUUCAGCCCCUCCCAGGUUGUUCUUUUCACUGUAUAUGUGGUUUUAUCCUCACCUUUUUCAUCAGGUUCCAAGAGGCACAGGCACUUAGACUCACCCUUCUAGAAAGCAGCUGAUCUAUAGUGUGUGCUGAUACAGGAGGCUCACUUUGAAGCACAAGUGGCAUCCCCUGUGCACCCUCCAAAUGGCCAGUGUGUGUCUGUGCUCAGUGCCAGCAACCUUCCUGCAGUCCUCUGCCUCAACCCCAUAUUUCACAGGUCUGCCCAGCUGGAUCUACAGUCAAUAAAAGUUUCCUGCCUGCUUAUGUGGAUACAUUUGGGGGAGGGUGGGAGGAGAGAGCCUGGGUUGUGCAGUUUUGAUCUGGCAAGGCACCACCAUGCCCUCCUGGAGCCCUGUUCUGCCCUCUCUGAGCCAUCUCAUUAGUUCUCUGUUAAUCCUGUCAAGCUCAACCAAAAACAUCCUUCUCUAGAGCUGGUCUGCUGCUUGGUUUCAUUUUCCCUCUGUGCCUGUGAAACUUGUUGUUACUAAAGAACCCUCUGCUGCUCACUA